AUCGAAGCGACAACAUCUACAAUGUCCUGGUUCAGGAAGCUGUGCUGCUGUUGUAGCGUCCCGGCCGACGAGGACGAGCCGGACAGACCCAGACCCAAACCUAAGAAGAAGGAGAAGAAGAAGAGGAAGAAAUGGUGGCAGAGGCGCAAAAAGAGAGAGCAGCAGGAGGAGACGAGCGUGGUGAUGAUGAUGGGAAAUGAAGAGGAAGCAGGGCCAAGUACACAGGUUCUGCAGGACCAGAUCCAGGACCCAGAGGAGCUGCAGGUGGAUCUGAACACCCAAGUCCAAGAGCCAGAGGAGCUGCAGGUGGAUCUGGACACCCAAGUCCAAGAGCCAGAGGAGCUGCAGAUGGAUCUGGACACCCAAGUCCAAGAGCCAGAAGAGCUGCAGGUGGAUCUGGACACCCAAGUCCAAGAGCCAGAGGAGCUGCAGAUGGAUCUGGACACCCAAGUCCAAGAGCCAGAGGAGCUGCAGAUGGAUCUGGACACCCAAGUCCAAGAGCCAGAAGAGCUGCAGGUGGAUCUGGACACCCAAGUCCAAGAGCCAGAAGAGCUGCUGGUGGAUCUGGACACACAACUCCAAGAGCCAGAAGAGCUGCAGGAGUAUGUGGACACCCAACUCCAAGAGCCAGAAGAGCUGCAGGAGGAUGUGGACACCCAACUCCAAGAUCCAGAAGAGCUGCAGAUGGAUCUGGACACCCAAGUCCAAGAGCCAGAGGAGCUGCAGGAGGAUCUGGACACCCAAGUCCAAGAGCCAGAAGAGCUGCAGGUGGAUCUGGACACCAAACUCCAAGAGCCAGAAGAGCUGCAGGAGGAUCUGGACACCCAACUCCAAGACCCAGAAGAGCUGCAGGAGGAUCUGGACACCCAAGUCCAAGAGCCAGAGGAGCUGCAGGUGGAUCUUGACACCCAAGUCCAAGAGCCAGAAGAGCUGCAGGUGGAUCUGGACACCCAAGUCCAAGACCCAGAAGAGCUGCAGGAGGAUGUGGACACCCAACUCCAAGAGCCAGAAGAGCUGCAGGAGGAUGUGGACACCCAACUCCAAGAGCCAGAAGAGCUGCAGGAGGAUGUGGACACCCAACUCCAAGAGCCAGAAGAGCUGCAGGAGGAUGUGGACACCCAACUCCAAGAGCCAGAAGAGCUGCAGGAGGAUGUGGACACCCAACUCCAAGAGCCAGAAGAGCUGCAGGAGGAUGUGGACACCCAACUCCAAGAGCCAGAAGAGCUGCAGGAGGAUGUGGACACCCAUCUCCAAGAGCCAGAAGAGCUGCAGGAGGAUGUGGACACCCAACUCCAAGAGCCAGAAGAGCUGCAGGAGGAUGUGGACACCCAACUCCAAGAGCCAGAAGAGCUGCAGAUGGAUCUGGACACCCAAGUCCAAGAGCCAGAAGAGCUGCAGGUGGAUCUGGACACCCAAGUCCUAGACCGAGAGAAGGUGGAGAAGAAGCUGAACCCGCCUUUUGGUCAGCUGUUCGACAUUGAUAAGGAACUUGGUUGGCUUCGCGUGGUGCAGAAUCGGCUGGAUGAGAUGGCUGUGAUGGCUGAAGAGCAGCAGGACUCAGAGGAGGUUGUGGGCAAUAUAAUCGGCCAGAUGACCAAACUGACCGAGUUCAUGGAUCAGGAGGUGGUGCCCAGGAAACUGGAGAACUUUUCAGACCUGACAAGGAAAGAGAACAAUCAGGUGGUUCUGGAGGAAGAGAAGAAUCUGCAGGAGAUCAAGGUGGAGAAGAAGCCGAACCUGCCUUUUGGCCAGCUGUUCGACAUUGAUAAGGAACUUGGUUGGCUUCGUGUGGUGCAGAAUCGGUUGGAUGAGAUGGCUGUGAUGGCUGAGGAGCAGCAGGACUCAGAGGAGGUUGUGGGCAACAUAAUCGGCCAGAUGACCAAACUGACCGAGUUCAUGGAUCAGGAGGUGGUGCCCAGGAAACUGGAGAACUUGCCAGACCUGACAAGGAACAUGAACAAUUGGGGGGCUUUGGAGGAAGAGGAGAGCUCAGAGGAAGAGGAGAGCUCAGAGGAAGAGGAGAGCUCAGAGGAAGAAGAAAGCCUGGAGGAGCAGAACCUCAAGGAGAACAAGGUGGAGAAGAAGCCGAACCUGCCAUUUGGCCAACUGUUCGACAUUGAUAAGGAACUUGGUUGGCUUCGCGUGGUGCAGAAUCGUGCAGAAUCGGUUGGAUGAGAUGGCUGUGAUGGCUGAGGGAGCAGCAGGACUCAGAGGAGGUUGUGGGCAACAUAAUCGGCCAGAUGACCAAACUGACCGAGUUCAUGGACAAGGAGGUGGUGCCCAGGAAAGUGGAGAACGUCUACAGGUCGUCCUACAAUGAAGUUGUGCAGCAGCAGAAUGUUCUGAUUGCUCCCACCUUCAUAAACCAACUGGAGUGAGACUGUGAGACUGAGGGAGACCUCGGUGGAGAUUCAAGGCGUGUUCAUGCCCGCCGGCGCUCCCGUGCCCCGUGCCCCCGCUCUCCAUGCUGAAGCUGUAGAGACCGAGCGAGCAGCUGAAGAACCUUGAGGAGAUAAAGAACCUGCAAGCAACACAACGAGCUCAAGAAACGUUCCUUCAUCAAAAUCAAAAUAA